AUGACGACACUAAAACUUUGCCAACUUAUCCGCAACGUUAAUGUUUCUUCCGUCACCGCUAGUCCGCGUCUCACUUGGUCUGCAGGCACUAUGAAGGGAAAAGAAAUUAUGACGCAUCCCGAACGCGUCAGAUUUUUGUACAAACUGAUCCUGCGGCUUCACCGCUCCCUUCCAACCGAAAUGCGCAUGGUCGGCGAUAAAUACGUCAAGGAGGAAUUUAAUAAGCAUAAAAACGCUGAUAAACAAUUUGUUGGACCUUUCAUGAUCGAGUGGAGUGCUCUUGGAAUGGAGUAUAAGCAUAAGGAGACUUCUGUUAAGUUCAUUCCUGUAGCCUUUGCAAGCAUGCGCCUUUAG